AUGUUCGCGCGCCGCCCGCCCGCCCUCGGCCCGCGCUGCGCUCCGGGUCGGGCCGGGCGGGCCGGGCGGGCCGGGCGGGGGGCCGCGCCGGGCCGGGGCCGGGACGGGGCCGGGGGCGCACGACAGCCCGCGCGCACCCGGCCGGCGCGUCCACACAAAGCGGGGCGCGCGGAGCAGGGCCGCGCCGGGAGCCGCCCGCCGGCCCCGGGGCGCAGGGCGCGAGUGUGCGCGGGGCCGGGCCGCGCGCGGGACACAAAAGGGAAUGGACGCGCGGGGGCGGCGGGCGGGGAGCCGCGGCCCCACCGAAGGGACCCCCGGCCGCCGAGCGGCCUCUACGUCAGCGCCCCGGGUGGCGCCGCCUCCGCCCGCCGGCCUGGGCCGCCGCUCCCGCCGAGGGAAGGCGGGCCGGGGACCGCGGGGAGAAGGCGGGCCGGGGGACCUGCCGGGGAGAAGGUGGGCCGGGGGACCCCUCUGGGGGAGAAGCCAGCCGUCCCGAACAGGAUCCUUGACUCUCCUGACUCUCAGCCCCCAGAGGAGGACAGAACUCAGGGGAGCCAGGAGUGCGCUGGCACAGCCAAAACGCAGCCCAGCGUGGCCGGCCGCCCAUCCCCAGCAGAUGACCCUGGACCACAGCUCAGCAGUGCCAGCGACGGGGCCUUAGCUGGAAGGCUCCAGCAUGAGGACUGUCACCCUCCCCAGACCUGGGGCCGAAGGCUCUGCCCCCAGCUCCACAGACAGGUACCCAGAUGGGUGCCAUUCUCCGGAACACGGAGGCGGAAGCCGCUCGGUCCCUCCCGAGGAGCUGGCCGGCUGGCGGGAGGGAGGAGCAGGCCAGGAGCUCAGACUUCCGGGGACCUGAGGCCAUUCCACCUGCUCUGCCCUCCCCGUCUGCACGUGUCCACUGCACCUGGAAGUGUCCGCAGACAUGCUUUCCUGUUACCCGAGGCUCCUCCGAGGCUGCGGGUCGACUACAGACUAAACCCCCAGGUUGUGCCUCCUGGGGUCCGCGAGACAUCACCUGCACAGUCCAGCACACAGCACAGGGUGAAGCGCCUGGUGCAGGUCCAUGGGGUCCCUGGCUCUGCUGGGGAAGCUGUGAGGAGAGGAGUAAGUAGAGGCCGAGUCCUCAGCAGCCAGAGGCCCCCCGUGGGGAGGGCAAAGCAACCUCUGCAAGGCUCACUCCACCAAGUGGGGAAUAAGGAGCAAAGGGGAAAGGGCAGCGAAUCAGGCAUUGUCCAAAGAAUUCACGGCAGAAUAAGAUGGCGGGAGGAGAGAGCCGGUCCUGAGGGGACCGCAUCAGGAGAGAGCUGGCGUCCUCGUGCCCACCCAGAGGGUGCUGAGAGGGAUGUGUGCCCUGGCCUGGGUUUUUAGAAUAAAAAAAGCCAGGAUAUUAAAAAUCUGUUGACUGGAGCGUGGACAGACUGAGGGCACAUUAACGCACAAAUGGAAAUGUCACCCUCACGGACAACUGAAGCAAUGCAGGUGAAAACCAGAAACCCACCUUCCUGUCCCACUGGCCAAGAGCGGGGCUAGUCAGCACUGAGGACCAACACACCCUUCAUUCCCCUUGGCUUUCC